CGCGUGUUGCUUGAAGAAAACAUAGUAAAGGUGAAUAAUUUCCGUUUCGCCGCAGGAAGCUGCGUUCGUCGUUCAGAGCGAGUUCUCUUUUUUACGGGAUAUGGAGGUUCUCUCCCCGCAAAACCAGUCUAUAGAUGAUUAUUCCUCCUUGGAUGAGUCUUGGGAUUCCCGUCUGCCAACUCCUCUUGCAUUAGACUUUUCUUCACUGAGGGAGGAAGAAGAUUCCAUCCCAAACACACAAAGGGGCCUGUCAGAUGUGGAAGGACAAGACUUAUAUGUUGAUAGUCUUGGUUAUGAAGCCUCACCGUCUGGUUUGAAUGGGUAUAUGGCAAUUAAUGGUACUAGAGAAAAUGAUACUGAUUACCUUCGGAUGGCAAAGAAAGGUGGUGGACAUGCAGAUCUGUUAAAAGUAGAACCCCACACACCCACUCCUGAACCAGUCAGAUAUGACAAGAAGGAUGGACAGUGGUACACCCAUGAUGGAGUGGAUGUCAAGGACACUCAACAAAAGAAAGAAAUGAUUACAUUGUCCAGGGAUCAACUAUCUUCAUCUUCUAAAAGCUCAGUAGACAUAGAGACGGAUACAGAAUAUCUUCAACUUGCAAAGAAAGGUGGAGGGCGUAAAGAUUUAUUAACAGUAGUUCCCCACACACCCACUCCUGAACCAGUCAAAUACACCAAGAAGGAUGGACAGUGGUAUACACAGGAUGGAGUGGAUGUGAAAGAGACCCAACAGAGGAAAGACUUGUCUUUGGCCUUGAAUGGUUUACUCCAUAACGGUGAUGAUGCACAACUAGCUGCUGGGGGAAAGCACACAGAUUAUCUUGACCUGGCCAAGAAAGGUGGAGGACAUAAAGAUUUAUUGAGCAUUCAAGCUCAUACUCCUUCACCUGAACCAAAACAGUAUGAAAAAAAACAAUGGGACUGGUACAAUCAAGAUGACAUGGUAAUCAGAGAUGGACCACAAGACUCUGGAUCUGGUCAGAAUCGUCGUCGAACAUUUAGCGAUUCUGCAAGUGAGUGUAAAGCUGAGACAGAAUACCUGCAGACUGCAAGGAAAGGGGGAGGGCAUAAAGAUCUGUUGUCAAUGGAACCUCACCUAACUUCCCCUGAACGGGUCAAUUAUGAAAAGACAGAUGGACAGUGGUACACUCAUGAUGGUGUGGAUAUUAAAGAAACACAAGGGAGGAAAGAAAUGAUUACCCUGCCUAAGAGCCCAUAUCCAUCAAGUACAGCAAGUUCAAUAGAUAUAGAGAUAGAUACAGAUUACCUGAAGACUGCUAAGAAAGGUGGAGGGCAUAAAGACUUGUUGACAGUAGAACCUCACAAACCCACUCCUGAACCAGUCAGUUAUGACAAGACAGACGGACAGUGGUACACUCAUAAUGGAGUGGAUGUGAAAGAGACUCAACAGAGGAGAGACUUGUCAUCUAGUCUUAAUAACAGUCAAGAGUGUGAUGUCCUAGCUGCUGGUGAAAACUGUGGAGAAUACUUACAACUUGCAAAGAAAGGAGGAGGACAUAAAGAUUUGUUGACAAUUGAUCCUCAUGCACCAACACCUGAACCUUCCAGUUAUGAAAAAACAGAUGGACAGUGGUACAGUCACGAUGGAGUUGAUGUGAAAGAUACACAGCAAAGAAAAGAAAUGAUAACAGUUUGUAGCAGUCCUCGUCCAGUAAACUUGGAUAGUUCAUUGGAAGUUGACUCACAAACAGAUUAUUUAAAGAUCGCAAAGAAAGGCGGAGGACAUAAAGAUCUGCUGACAGUUGAACCUCACACACCCACCCCUGAACCAGUCAGAUAUGACAAGAAGGAUGGACAGUGGUACUCACAUGAUGGAGUGGAUGUCACAGAAACACAGAAAAGAAAAGAAUUAGCUGUAUCUAUUGAAGCUCAACAAGGCACAAAAACACUACUAGCAGCAGGAGGAAACAACACAGAGUACCUUGACUUGGCAAAGAAGGGAGGAGGACACAACGAUUUAUUGACAAUAAGCCCACAUGCACCUACACCUGAACCUGUAAGAUUUGACAAGAAGGAUGGACAGUGGUACACACAUGAUGGAGUGGAUAUCAAAGAGACACAGCAACGAAUAGACUCAAUUGUGUCACUUGAUGAUCAGAAGAACAGUGAGUGUGUCAUGGCUGCAGGAUGCAAUAACAGAGAAUAUCUUGAGUUGGCAAAAAAGGGUGGAGGACAUCAAGAUCUGUUGUUAGUUCAACCCCACACACCCACCCCUGAACCUGUCAGAUAUGAAAAGAAAGAUGGAGAGUGGUACACACAUGAUGGAGUGGACAUAAAAGAGUCACAACAGAGAAAAGAUUUGUCUGUGACCCUGGAAAGUAUUCCAGAAGAUUUAUCAGCUGCAGGAGAGCACAAUGGUGAUUAUCUUAAAACUGCCAGACAAGGGGGACGUAAAGACUUGUUAACAGUAGAACCCCACAUGCCCACCCCUGAACCAGUCCGAUAUGACAAAAAGGAUGGACAGUGGUACACACAUAAUGGAGUGGAUGUUAAGGACACUCAACAGAGAAAAGAAAUGGUAACAGUUGCAAGCAGUCCUCGUCCAGCAAACCUUGAUAGUUCAUUGGAAGUCGACACGGAAACAGAUUACUUAAAGAUUGCAAAGAAAGGCGGAGGACAUAAAGAUCUGUUAACAGUAGAACCUCACACGCCCACUCCUGAACCAGUCAGAUAUGAUAAAACAGAUGGACAGUGGUACAAUCACGAUGGAGUUGACAUUAAGGACACGCAGCAAAGAAAGGAAAUGGUCACAGUGUCUUCAAGUCCACGCCCAUCGAGUGCGCCAAGUUCUGAAAAAAUUCCGAUAGAAACUGAUUAUCUCAAGAUUGCUAAGAAAGGUGGAGGGCAUAAAGAUCUUUUAACACUAGAACCCCACACACCCACACCUGAACCAGUCAGAUAUGACAAGAAGGAUGGACAGUGGUACACUCAUGAUGGAGUGGAUGUCAAAGAAACACAGAAAAGAAAAGAAAUGGUAACGGUUUCUAAAAGUCCGCAUCGAUCAGACUUGGCCGGCUCAAUGAACGCCCAGAAAGAAACGGAUUACUUGAAGAUGGCCAAAAAGGGUGGAGGACAUAAAGAUCUUCUAACUGUUGAGCCACACACUCCAUCCCCAGAACCACAGAGAUACCAAAAGAAUGGAGGAGACUGGUACAGUCAAAAUAAUAAGGACACAACAAUAGGAGCAACAGUUUCCCCAUCCAGUCCAUCUAAAGGCAACAAUAGCAGUGCAACGGACUAUUUAAUGUUGGCCAGGAAGAGUGGCGGACAUUCUGAAGCAACUCGAAGUCCUCGUAAAAACACAGAAAAUUCAAAAGUAUACAACACUAACACAGAAUACCUUAAAAUGGCUAGAAAAGGUGGAGGCCAUAAAGAUCUGUUGACCAUGGAGGCCCACACACCAUCUCCUAAGCCACAGAGAUACCAAAAGAAAGGGGGGGACUGGUACAAUCAAGAUUAUGUUGAUGGAAGUAAAACGCGAGGGAAAAAAGGAACUCGGAAUCAAAAUGGUGAUCCCCCGAAAGAAAUCAGCACUGAAACUGAGUAUCUUAAGAGAGCACGGAAAGGAGGGGGCCACAAAGAAUCUCCCGCUAAUAGUCCAAGAAAAUCAAACGUGGACAGUUCACCGGCUUCCAGUGAAUACUUGAAAAUGGCGAAGAAAGGAGGAGGACAUAAAGACUUACUUAUGAUGACACCUCACCAAGCCAGCCCGAAGCCAAAUCAAGUAAAGAAGCAAAAUACAGAUACAAUCCCGGUAAACAGCCCCAGGACUGUAAGUAGCUCGAGUAGGGACUCCACGGAAUACCUCAGACUUGCCAGAAAAGGUGGAGGCCAUCCAGAUCUUCUCAACAACUCCCCACGACAGUCUGACUCUUCAGUUGUAAACCGUUCUGAUGCAAUGGAUAGUUCACGAAAAAUUGAACCCAAUACGUCUUUAAGGCGAAGUGCAAGUAUGCGGCACAGAGGUCCAGUAUCUGACUAUCUUGGUAUAGCUCGUAAAGGUGGUCACCACAAAGAUCUGUUAACAAUGCCCGAGACGAGUAACUUCAGAAGAGAUCAAGAAUCACGCAGAAGUUUACGGAGCUUCAGAAGCCCUAUUACCUCUCAAGUUGAUGGGCCGCCAAGACCCAGGACAGCUGAGCCUCGUCAGCCAGUGUGGAUGGGGGGCUCUGGACCUGAGAGAGUCAGCACUCCAGUGAAAAGGACUCUGAUUGCGCCAUUUGCUUCCCAUGAGGGCUCUCCAGGGGCGGCACGGAACCCAGAUAAAAUUUAACACGGCAAACUACAUCUCAUCAUCAUCAACAGAUUUAACCGGCGAUCCGAGAAACGACUUAUUUCAAUAAUUUUCAUGAAGUAAUUUUGUCAAACGCUUGGUGAAUAAUUUAUAUAGUAGUUAUUUAGACGUAGAAAGGAAAGUUUAAUGAAACCAUAGAGUUAACAGAUAAUGUCAAAUGCAACAUUGCUGUCUUAGAUUCUAAAUCGUUGUAGUUUAAAUUAGAUUGUUUUAGCAAAUAAGUAACAAUUUCAAUUUUUGAAUUAAUGUUUAUGCAAUUAGAUAAGGAACACCAGUGAACGCAAAUUUUGCAAUGCAUUAGAAUUAUAUCUGAAUAAGUAUUGAAUGAAGUAGUUAGGAAUAGUUCAGGUUAGUCUACGGGAAUUUUUUUGAGUCAUUUUACGUUAAUAGAAAAGGUAAAAGGGAUUUAAUUUUCAGCUACAUCAGUUUUUUCUCCUUUUCAUUGUGAUCACUUUGUUCGUUAAAGUUAAUAAAGGGAAAGCCAUUUAUUGAUAAUUUUUUGUGAAGUACGCUGGAAAUAACACCAAUCUCAAAGGUCGCGAAACUAUUAGUUAUAGUUGAAGCACAAUUUUUAUUUCUUUGUAAAUGUGGGAAAACACUCAAUAGAUUAAUUUUUCUGUAUCAAGCCAUUUCUUUGGGCUGACGCAACAAGUUACCGUGUGCGCUGCCAAAAGAGUAGCUUGUUUGUAACUGAUAUGCUCAAGUCACAGAAUACUAUUACUUAUAAAUAUAUGUGAUAUUUAAUAUAAUUUAUGAUACUUCAAGUCUCCGUUGAGAGUUGUCUUUCCUUUUUCAAACAAUCGGCAUUAUAAGUUUAAGCAUGAAAAUUGCACUUUGAGUAAAUGUAGAGGCUGUCAAUUACUUCAUUUUACUUCACUUUGCUUCACGAUUCAACGAAAUUACCAGUUGUGACAUGGCUAUAAACGUUGUAAGCCAAGGGGAUGAUAGAUUUUAUCUCUCUCCAUGGGACCAGUAGACGUAGCGGGGGAAGGAGUUCAAGAUCUCAAUGGGGUGUUUGGGGGGGGGGGGGCUUUGAAUGAAUUAAUGCACUGUAAGGUAAUAAGUACGAGUCUUUCUUGAAAACCCUUUACAGCGUCAGUGGCAGUUUCAAGGUGUAUGGGAAUCUUACAUAGAGUUAGCAUGUAGAAGUUUUUGGUAUUUAUGGAGUACCAUUUUAUCCUUGAAUUGAUCCUUUGCUCCAAGUGAAGGGUGUUUCAGUGCGAGACCUUAUCUUUAUAGAACUGUCGGCGAUAUGUAUAGAUUUUGUAGGAUAGAAGCCGCUGGCCUUGUUGCAGAGUUUAGGAUCGAAGUGAAAAUAACUUAUGAUUUCAUUUCUGAACGUUUUCAAGCGUUUUUCAUUAACACCAUAUGUGCAUGCCUUAUUUCUAUUUUACGUCACUUGUAUUUAUUAUGUUCAGCUUUUAAGAUGACCCCCGGGACUGAAGAGGCCAAGAUCAUUUUGAAUUAAUCCUUUAGCCUCUUAGUUGCUGUCUUAAUCGUGAUACGGUUAAAAAUGUCCCAAAAAAGAUAAUGAUAGAUAUACAAAAUUUCAGAAUUUUGAAGUCCAGUUGUGACCACUUUGGCCAUUUGUUGUUCAGUGAUCAUUCUAGAAGAUAAAGCUACGACUUAGAUGUUAAAAAUGAGUAAAUCUGUGGAGUAGAAAGCACAAGCACUUGCGUUAGGUAAUGACGCUUCGGUGCAAAUCAUUACAGAAUAAAAUUGCAGUUCAUUAGAUCAGAA